GGAAGAGAGAGCAGGCAGCAGUAGAAGCAUGUCCGACUCGAGCGCUACAGGACUCAUCGGUAAUAAGGGUUCAGCCGAUUCCUACACUAGUAGACCCUCGAAUUCCGACGUGUCCCUGGAGGACGACCCCGAGGCGUCUCGGCUUGAAGCCGAGCGCCAGGCCCAACUGCAGCUGGAGAGAGCCAAGUCGAAACCGGUAGCAUUUGCAGUGAAGACCAAUGUGAGUUACUGUGGGGCUCUAGAUGGGGACUGUCCAGUCCAAGGUGCUGCUAUCAACUUUGAAACCAAAGACUUUCUACAUAUAAAAGAGAAAUACAGCAAUGACUGGUGGAUCGGUCGGCUGGUGAAGGAGGGGGCGGACAUCACAUUCAUCCCCAGCCCGGUGAAACUGGAGGCCAUGCGGAUCAAACAGGAACAAAAACAGGCACAGAGGAAAGCAGCGAACACAUCGUCCGGCUGGAGGUCAACACCACCAUCUGCAGCCAAACAGAAGCAAAAGCAGACAGAACAUCUCCCACCCUAUGAUGUUGUUCCCUCCAUGAGGCCGGUUGUAUUGGUGGGGCCCUCCCUGAAAGGCUAUGAGGUAACGGACAUGAUGCAGAAGGCCCUGUUUGACUUCCUGAAACACAGGUUUGAUGGGAGAAUCUCUAUCACGCGGGUGACUGCUGAUCUGUCAUUGGCUAAAAGGUCUGUACUGAACAAGAAGGCCAUCAUGGAAAGGUCCAAUGCACGCUCCAGUCUAGCUGAGGUCCAGAGUGAGAUUGAGAGGAUCUUUGAGCUGGCUAAGACCCUGCAGCUUGUAGUUCUGGAUGCAGACACCAUCAACCACCCAACACAGCUCCUCAAAACAUCCCUGGCUCCUAUCAUCGUUUAUGUUAAGGUGUCCUCUCCAAAGGUUCUUCAGAGGCUCAUCAAAUCUCGAGGGAAAUCUCAAAGUAAACACCUCAAUGUACAGAUGAUGGCAGGAGACAAACUAGCACAGUGUCCACCCGAGAUGUUUGAUGUGAUCCUGGAUGAAAACCAGCUGGAGGAUGCAUGUGAACACCUGGCAGAGUACCUGGACAUCUACUGGCGUGCCACUCACCUGCCCUGCUCCACCCCCCUCAACCCCCUAUUGGACCAGAGCGUGGUCACCCCGCCCUCUGCUAACUCCAGCCAACAGUUCUCAGAGACUCAAGAGUUAAUAGAAUGAUCACUACCUAGCUACCACAGACACGGACCUGGGAGCAGCCACUGCUGUGGUUCAGAGGUAAGGGGUCAGAAGUCCGAGGUCACCGGGGUGUCACGGGGGGACCAGGGGUCGGCAGCUUUCCUUCCUUCUGGAUAGGCACCAUCUCCACAGGCCUGCCCCUCUCUAUCCUGGAGAGGUGGAAGGAGGAUGAUGACAGGGGGACAGGGCAGCUUGCAUCUAAGAGAGACAGCGGAGAAGGAGUUUGAGGAGCAGUAAGAGGAGCAUGACAAGGAGGAAGAAGAAGAGGAGAACACCCCCCGAUAAAGACGGACCCCCACCUCCACGCUGCCCCCUGCUGGAGAGUCCUCCCAGAGGCUCCUGACUGCUCCCACAGCCACAUGAUGCUUCUCAGGGCCACGCACUGCAACAGCACGCAACGGGAACACAAACCAGCGCAGCGACCAGACCAAACCCAGACCAAACCCUCUCACCCCUUACAUCCCCAAACCUCACUCUUCGCCCCGAGCCUAACCCUCCCCACUAUUAGCACUCAAAACAACUUAGCGAUACAACCCAAACAGUUAUGUACAACCCAAACUUUUACCACUGAACCAGCCCAUGUGUUUCCGCUAAGGGCAGGCCUUUCCAGACACAGAUGGGUUGGUCCAGCUCUGGUCUGGUCAUAGACAGUUCACAUGCUGAAACAACAAGUGUAAUCUAAUGCUUAAUAAUGCUUAGACUGUUGCAUAGCGUGGCAUACGUCUCUCCCAAAAUCACUGUCCAAUCUGAAUUUAUGAAUGUGCGUACAGUACAGUACAGUACAGUAGCCCCCCACAAUCAACAACUACUCUCUUUAAAGCUCUAAGGUUUCUUAAGCUUUCUAAAGAUGUACUGAGGAACAUGGCAAUGAAAGACACUGACAUAUCUCCCAUAUUACAGACCAUUUCUGUAUGUCUUCCGCCACCGCAAAUGUCUGUGAGUCGCGAUUUAAAGAUUUGACCAAAUGAUUUGCUGUAAUUAGGGCACACUGGGCAGUAGCAGAGUGCACCACUGUGUUCAGUCGUGUUCAGGAACCUGGUCAGUACCGUAUGUAAUGAUCUUACCGUUCUCCUUCUUUAUUGCUUGCUUUCUCUUGCUUGAUAGCGUGUUUUUUUCCUGGCCUGUUUUGUAUUGUGUUCCCAUAACAGACUGGUAUUUGUAGGCCUUAUAUAGUGACACAGAGGAAUAAAGCAUGCAUGAAUCAAAGCACAUCAAAGCACAUUAUCAAAGCACAGACUUGCACAUUGCCAUCUACAACUCUUGUGUAUCUUUAUCAUGUUUCAACAGAAUGUAUCAACAGAAGGUCAGAGUAGCUUGUCAUUAAAUCCACCAAUCAGAUCGCAGACAGGGACCCAGAUAGGAGGAGUCAGACCACACACAGGUUUGCUUGUUAUUUUUAUUUAUUUUUAUGACCAAAAACAUCAUCAGUACAUUAGGAGAUACAUUAACCAUUUGUAAAUUCCAAACAUUUAGUCAACACAGAAAAACCCUCCCCAAAACCAAUUCCAGUUUCUCCUGAAUGUAUUAUUGCAUGCCUUAUCACUGUACAGUCCACAUUAUAGGACUUUACUGUACCUUUCCUCCCACUGUUCAACUUGUCAGGAUCCAACCUGCUCUGUCUCCUCAGACACUACAUUACACUCUAUAUAUAUAUAUAUAUUGUUGAUUAGCACUUCUGAUAACAAGUUCCGUUUAUGUUCUGAUAACAAGUUCAGUUUAAGUUCUGAUAAAAAAAAGUUAAGUUAAAGUCCCAGUGCUUCAAUGAUGACUAGCCUAUAAAGCCUAUGCUUCCACAAUAAUUCAGUUCUCAUGAAUUAUGACGUAAAUCUACCUAUUCACCUAUUCCACUGUUAUCAAAACUUGUCCAUAACACUUCCUGUUUUUCUUUUGUUGGGAGCGAGGGACCUCUAGUGUUGGGCUUGUGUCAUGACACCUGAAGUGACAUGUUACUGAAUGUCAUCCAAUGUAAAACCAUCGCCAAAUGUCAACUCAUGUAUCUGAAUAAAAGAGGUCUAUUCGCUAGUGAUAGCGCUCUGCUUGA